CACACCUGGUAGCCCCUUCCCAGCUUCGGCUUUGACCUCCAAUAAGUACCAAAUUUUAAUCUUAAAAAAAGUAACCCUAAACCUCGGUUAAUCCUCCCCAUAAUUUUGUUCUUUUAUGCCCUAAUCCGGCUAUAUCCCAUUAGUUCCAUUACCCCCACAAAACAAACACACUAGUACUACUUAUUCGCAUCAACAAACACAUACCUUUGCAAAACCCUACCCAAACAAUGAAUUCAUCAAUGCCCAAUACCAAUAUCUGAAAUCACCAUUCCCUUUCUGGUUCAGAUUCCCUAAAACUAACAUUCAAACCUGGGAAUGCAAUUCAAAAGUUAGAUACAUAUGUGUGUGUAAUCUAAAGCCGUAUUUCUUGUAGAUUUUUUUUCUUUCAAUGGCUUCCUCUGUGUCACACCCACCAACGCUAUUAACAUUCCCUCAUAAAAGAACCCAUUUCAGAGUCUCACCCAAUCAAAUUGACCCUUCCAUUGUUCAGAAGAAACAACUACCAUUCAAGUCAAAGCCAUGUCUGACAUUUGGAGCUUCUAAUGGUAAGUUUCGUCUUCUCACCAAUCAACCCAUUGUUUCUGCUUUUACAAGAGCUUCCUCAAAUGGGUCUCUUGAUUUCAUCGAAGAAGAUGAGAUUUUGAUGCCCUUUGAGGAACGCCCGGUGAAAUUUGCUUUCUGGGUUUUGUUUUGGGCGUCUCUGUCUCUUGUUUGGUUUGCUGCUUCCGGGGAAGCUAGGGCUGCUCAGGCUGCUGCUGAUUCCAUUAGAGCCUCGAGCUUUGGUCUCAAGAUUGCGUCGUCCUUGCGGAGCUCGGGAUGGCCCGAUGAGGCUGUUGUGUUUACCCUAGCUACACUCCCUGUGAUUGAGCUUCGUGGUGCUAUUCCUGUUGGUUACUGGUUGCAACUCAAGCCCGCACUCCUAACUGUCUACUCUGUUCUUGGGAACAUGGUACCUGUGCCCUUCAUUAUACUCUACUUGAAGAGAUUUGCAACUUUCCUCACUGGGAAGAACAAAUCUGCGUCUCGUUUCCUUGACAUGCUAUUCCAGAAAGCCAAAGAGAAGGCUGGCCCCGUGGAAGAAUUUCAAUGGCUUGGUCUAAUGUUGUUUGUGGCUGUGCCUUUCCCUGGAACUGGUGCGUGGACAGGAGCCAUCAUAGCAUCUAUUCUAGAUAUGCCAUUCUGGUCUGCUGUCUCGGCAAAUUUCUUUGGUGUUGUGCUGGCUGGGCUUCUGGUGAAUUUGCUGGUGAACCUUGGGCUCAAGUAUGCCAUUGUAACUGGUAUAAUUCUAUUCAUUAUUUCCACAUUUAUGUGGAGCAUCCUUCGAAAUGUUAGAAGGUAUUUCAGCUCAUCAAACUGAUAUGGUAUUUGGAAUGACUGCAUUAAGACAAACUUUUUAAGGAGGUAAACAAACAGUUGUUAAGCUCAUUGUUUAUGUUUAUUGAACUGUUGUAGGUUGAAGUUUGUCUCGUAUAAUUCACAAAUUUUGUUUCUAUUUGUACCA